CAACUCACUGACUCGAGCACUCGACAUCUUCAGCUGAACACGGCUGCGCCAGUAGUUCUUGCGCUGUCUCAGUGCUGGACGCUUGCAAGCGCGCGUCUUCGGCACUGCUCGAGGAGGUCCCUCCACAACGAGCAUGAAAUGGCUUUCCAGGCGCUCGCCAUUUUGUGGCGCAGCCACACGUCCUUUCGGGGUCUGCUUUUGAUAGAAACUCGGCUUGACGUUUGGGCAGAAUGGACCAUGGACCCAUUCGCUCCUGGGAACCUUGGCCACGAGGCGUUCCGCUCAGGGAACGGGAGUGAUCCAAAUGCCCGAGUGGCUGUGCAGUUCGAGCGCGUGAAGGCGGGGAGCGGGGCAAGGAGGGCCUCAGCGUUGGCAGCCCUGCGCGCGCGAAACCUUGGUGGCGGCCCCGUCCACACCAACUUCCCGAACACCGAGGAGUACGUGUCAGCAACCUUCAAUGACACCAACAUCAUCAUGGUGGGCCGCAUGUUCCGACUCUUCACAGAAAUAAAACGGCAUCUGAACUGCCGCUUGGUUUUCAAGGAAGGGUUGACGGAGGAGGAUCAAAGUCGAGUGAUAAAAUUCAAAACCGAAGCAGGGAAUUAUUACUCAUGGCUGGGACAAGUGUACGCGAACGGGCGGGUGGUGACCUUGCUGGCGAGCCCCGAGCGCGAGCGCGAGACAGACUCGUUCGAGCAGCUGGCGGCGUCCGCGCUGCCCCUGGUGGCCGUCUCCGGCAACGACCUCCGAUCGGUGCAGCGCGUGCCGAGGGGCGUCUUCCCCGACGCAGAGGCGGCGGCGCGGCGCCGGGCGGCCAACACG